GUAGAGGGAGGAAGGGUCAAAAGGGAGAACCUGGAAUUGUGCCAGCAGUUACUGGUAUAAGAGGACGAGCUGGACCAGCUGGACCUCCAGGAUCACAGGGACCAAGAGGAACGAGAGGACCCAAAGGAAGACCUGGUGCUCGUGGUCCUCCUGGAAUCGAUGGGGAACCUGGCAUACCAGGACAACCUGGUGACCCCGGGCCUCCUGGGCAACCAUCCACAGGACCUGACGGAAUGUCCAGACCUUUCCAAUCUCAGAUGUCAGGACUGGAUGAGAAAUCUGGGCUCGCCGGACAAAUGGGAUUCAUGCCUGGAGCCGUGGGUCCUGUUGGUCCAAGAGGGCCUCCUGGCUUGCAAGGACAACCAGGUUCUACCGGCCCAGCAGGUCCUCCAGGCGAACAUGGGGACCCCGGACCAAUGGGACCUGCUGGUGCCCGGGGCCCCGAAGGCCCUUCAGGAAAACCUGGUGAAGAUGGUGAAUCUGGCCGACCAGGACAGACGGGAGAAGUUGGGUUUCCAGGAUCCCCUGGCGCUCGAGGUUUCCCUGGGGCUCCGGGUCAGCCAGGUUUAAAGGGCCACAGGGGCCAUAAAGGACUUGAAGGCCCUAAAGGUGAAAUUGGUGCCACAGGAUCUAAGGGGGAACCUGGUGCAUCAGGGCCGAUGGGAUUGACAGGACCUGUGGGUCCUCGUGGGAUGCCCGGAGAAAGAGGAAGGCUCGGACCACAGGGCGCUCCAGGAGCUCGUGGGCCACAUGGUAUGCCAGGAAAGCCGGGGGCAUCUGGUCCACUUGGUAUAGCUGGUUCCCCAGGUUUUCCAGGGAUUCCUGGCAUGAAGGGUGAAGCAGGCCCAACAGGCGCACGUGGUCCAGAAGGCCCUCAGGGACAAAGAGGAGAAACGGGUCUACCGGGUCCGGCAGGGUCAUCUGGCCUUCCUGGUAUUCUUGGGACAGAUGGUUCCCCUGGCACCAAAGGACCAUCAGGAUCUCCGGGUACGUUGGGGCCACUUGGAUCACCAGGCCCACUUGGAUCACCAGGACCACAAGGCAGCACGGGCCCUCCUGGCAUUCGAGGACAAAUGGGAGAUCCAGGAGUUCCUGGUUUUAAAGGAGAAGCCGGACCCAAAGGAGAGCCUGGUCCUCCUGGGAAUCGUGGUUUUCCAGGUCCUGACGGCUUGUUAGGACCCAAGGGUGCUCAAGGAGAGCGUGGUCUCGCGGGGGGUUCGGGCCCAAAAGGGGGCCAGGGGGAUCCCGGUCGCCCCGGUGAACCUGGCCUCCCGGGUGCCAGGGGUCUCACAGGAAAUCCAGGCGUUUCAGGUCCGGAAGGCAAACCGGGUCCUUUGGGUGCACCGGGAGAAGAUGGCCGACCAGGGCCAGCGGGUUCCAUAGGAAUUAGAGGCCAGCCAGGAAGCAUGGGUCUCCCUGGGCCAAAGGGCAGUAGCGGGGACCCUGGAAAACCCGGAGAAGCCGGCAAUGCGGGUGUCCCAGGGCAAAGAGGAGCGCCUGGUAAAGAUGGUGAAGUCGGCCCAGCUGGUCCUGUUGGUCCCCCUGGACUUGCGGGAGAAAGAGGAGAGCAAGGACCCCCUGGUCCUACAGGAUUUCAGGGUUUACCUGGGCCUCCCGGCCCCCCAGGGGAAGGGGGAAAGCCAGGCGAUCAGGGUGUUCCUGGGGAUGCUGGAGCCCAAGGUCCUUUAGGUCCAAGGGGCGAACGUGGCCAUCCAGGGGAAAGAGGAAACCCAGGGGCAUCUGGUCUUCUGGGAGAAAAGGGGAUGGCUGGUGGACAAGGCCCGGACGGUCCCAAGGGAAAUCCAGGUCCGUCUGGAACUCCCGGAGAUCAGGGACCACCAGGUCUUCAGGGGAUGCCUGGAGACAGAGGUCUUGCUGGUACUCCUGGACCCAAAGGAGACAGGGGCAGCAUAGGAGAAAAGGGAUCUGAAGGUACGGCUGGUAAUGACGGUGCGAGAGGUCUCCCAGGUCCGUUAGGUCCCAUUGGCCCUGCAGGCCCGGCUGGUGAAAAGGGUGAGCCAGGCCCUCGGGGAUUCGUUGGUCCUCCUGGUUCCCGCGGAACUCCUGGUUCCCGUGGUGAAAAUGGUCCAACCGGCCCAGUUGGUUUUGCUGGUCCUCCGGGCCCUGAUGGUCAGCCAGGUGUGAAAGGAGAACCUGGGGAGCCGGGCCAGAAAGGAGAUGCUGGGUCACCAGGACCUCAAGGGCUUGCAGGCUCCCCUGGGCCCCCGGGUCCUUCAGGGGUCAAUGGACUCAAAGGUGGCCGCGGCACAAAAGGUCCUCCAGGUGCUACAGGAUUCCCUGGAUCUGCUGGAAGAGUUGGACCCCCAGGACCUACUGGUGCUCCUGGUCCAGCUGGGCCUAUUGGGGAACCAGGCAAAGAAGGUCCUCCAGGUAUUCGAGGAGAUCCUGGUGCUCAUGGUCGUGUAGGAGACCGAGGUCCAGCUGGGCCUUCUGGCGGUUCUGGAGAUAAAGGAGACCCAGGAGAAGAUGGACAACCGGGUCCAGAUGGUCCCCCAGGUCCAGCUGGAACUACUGGUCAGAGAGGCAUUGUGGGUAUGCCAGGUCAACCAGGAGAGAGGGGCAUGCCUGGACUACCCGGCCCUGCUGGUACACCAGGAAAACAAGGUCCGGCAGGUCCACCGGGAGACAAAGGACCUUCUGGGCCUCUAGGUUCUCCAGGUGCUCAUGGUCCUGCAGGUGAAGCAGGCCCAGAGGGACCCGCUGGUAAUGAUGGUACUCCUGGACGAGAUGGAGCUGUAGGAGAACAGGGCGAUCGUGGAGAACCAGGGCCGGCAGGCCUUCCUGGUUCCUUGGGUGCACCGGGAACUCCAGGGCCAGUUGGGCCUCCAGGCGACCCGGGACAAAGAGGUGAACCAGGAUCUCGUGGUCCAAUGGGGCCCUCUGGUCGUGCGAGUGAGCAGGGUCUAACUGGACCCCAAGGGCCUCAAGGAGACAAAGGUGACAAUGGAGAUCGAGGGGACAGGGGGCAGAAAGGUCACAGAGGGUUCACUGGUCUUCAAGGUCUCCCCGGACCUCCUGGUCCUAUUGGUGAACAAGGCAAUUCUGGGAUUCCAGGUCCAUUUGGCCCUAGGGGCCCUCCAGGUCCAAUUGGACCUUCAGGUAAAGAAGGAAAUUCUGGACCACUUGGGCCUGUUGGACCUCCCGGUGUAAGAGGAACUGUAGGAGAAGCCGGGCCUGAGGGUCCCCCAGGGGAAACUGGGCCCCCGGGGCCCCCCGGACCUCCUGGCCACCUAACAGCUGCCCUUGGUGACAUUUUGGGACAUUACGAUGAUGGCCUUGUUGACCCACUGCCAGAAUUCUCAGAAGAUGAAGCUGCCCUCGAUGAUAACAAUAAAACUGAUCCAGGAGUCCAUGCCACACUGAAGUCGCUUAGUAGCCAAAUCGAAACAAUGCGUAGUCCAGAUGGGACCAAGAAACACCCAGCACGGACUUGUGACGAUCUGAGGCUGUGCCAUCCAUCCAAAAAGAGCGGAGAGUAUUGGGUUGACCCUAACCAAGGUUGUGUGGAAGAUGCCAUCAAAGUAUUCUGCAAUAUGGAAACCGGCGAGACAUGUAUUUCUGCAAACCCAGCUAGUAUUCCACGCAAAACAUGGUGGACCAGUAGGUCAAAUGAACUAAAGCCUAUAUGGUAUGGAUUGGACAUGAACAGGGGUUCACAGUUUGUCUAUGGUGAUAGUCAGUCACCCAACACUGCAGUCACCCAAAUGACAUUCCUGCGUCUAUUGUCCAAAGAAGCCUCUCAGAAUAUCACCUACCAUUGCAAGAACAGUGUAGGCUACAUGGAUGAUCAAGCCAAGAAUCUGAAGAAGGCCGUCGUUCUGAAAGGGGCUAAUGACCUUGAGAUCAAAGCAGAAGGAAACAGCCGCUUUAGAUACACAGUCCUUCACGACAGUUGCAAUAAACCCAACGGAAACGUGGGCCAAACAGUUUUUGAGUACAAAACGCAGAACGUGGCACGCCUACCCAUCAUUGAUAUUGCCCCAGUGGACGUUGGAAGUGCAGACCAAGAGUUUGGAAUAGAGAUUGGGCCGGUUUGUUUUGUGUAAAAA